CAGUGAGGCGUUGACUCUUCUCUUCCCUCAGCACCGAGUCCAAAUGCUUUAACCUGGUCCUUCGAGGUCCCAGGCAGUCAGACUCCAGUCUUCCUUUUCUUUGAACCCGUGCCUUGUACUCUGGCCAGUCAGGUGGCAUUCACCUGCCUUUCUCUCCUGCAGUCCUGCGGCCUCGUGGGCAGGGGCCGUGCUCGCCUCGAGCGGCUGGUGCCUGACAGGUGCCGCGCAGCGAGCCUUUGCGGGACACUGCGCUGGACGCCAUCCUGAAGUCAAGCCCUGGCUGGUUGCUUGGACUGGUAACUUUGAAGCUCUCUCCCUUUCUGAGCCCGAGAGUCGUCCUGGUAGUCAUGUGUUGUCGAAAUGCAGAGAAGGGCCACGGAGGCAGAGGCUGGCCGGGCCAGGAGGGCAGUGGACAGGUAACAGGGAGAUCAUUCAGAAAGUGUCAGCUUGCUGACCUGGCUGCUCUUGCAGGGUGGCCCCUGGCUGGGGUGAAGCUCCCCCGUCUUUAUUCUUGUCCCGCACCGGGUGUGGGCCCCUGGCUGCAGGAUGAACUGCCGCUCGGAGGUGCUGGAAGUGUCGGUGGAGGGGCGGCAGGUGGAGGAGGCCAUGCUGGCUGUGCUGCAUACGGUGCUUCUGCACCGGAGCACGGGCAAGUUCCACUACAAGAAGGAGGGCACCUACUCCAUUGGCACCGUGGGCACCCAGGACGUGGACUGUGACUUCAUCGACUUCACCUACGUGCGGGUCUCCUCCGAGGAGCUGGACCGUGCCCUGCGCAAGGUGGUCGGGGAGUUCAAGGACGCGCUGCGCAACUCUGGGGGCGACGGGCUGGGGCAGAUGUCCCUGGAGUUCUACCAGAAGAAGAAGUCCCGCUGGCCUUUCUCGGACGAGUGCAUCCCCUGGGAAGUGUGGACGGUGAAGGUGCACGUGGUCGCCCUGGCCACAGAGCAGGAGCGGCAGAUCUGCCGGGAGAAGGUGGGCGAGAAGCUCUGUGAGAAGGUCAUCAACAUCGUGGAGGUGAUGAACCGGCACGAGUACCUGCCCAAGAUGCCCACGCAGUCGGAGGUGGACAACGUGUUUGACACGGGCCUGCGGGACGUGCAGCCCUACCUCUACAAGAUUUCCUUCCAGAUCACCGAUGCCCUGGGCACCUCGGUCACCACCACCAUGCGCAGACUCAUCAAAGACACACUUGCCCUCUAGGCCUUACUGGGGCCACGGGCUCUCCUGGACGGCUUGCAGGCCUUGGCUUCUGGGGAUCGCACCGCGGGGCCCUUGGGGCUCUGGAACCUGCUCCAGGUCCUUGAGGAGACUUGGAAUGGCCACCCCUGGCUUCCUUGUUUUGUGGUUGCCGGUCUUUGGUCAUCCCUUUAACCUUUGCUAAUGGUCAAAUCUGGCCUUCACUGUCUCUAUACACCCCUGUGGGGGUCCCCCUUCCUCCACCGUAUGGAAGGGCCAUCGCUAGGAUGGUGAAUAAAGUUGAGAAUGUGUUUAGGUUGC